GAUCUAAACCAACCCACCAAUCGCAGCCUCGUGUGGUUUCUCCCCCUUUACUGACUUUUUUCUCUCGAAGGAUAAAGUUAUAUAACAUCUCAAACUUCUCUGGCACCGGCCACUCGUCCCACAGCAGACCUGAGCCCUGCACAUCUUCGCAGUUUUAUAAUCCCACCUGAGGACCAAGAGAAGCCAUGGCUGACAAAGUUGUGCUGACCUACUUCGACGGCAGAGGGAAAAUGGAGCCGAUCCGCUGGCUCCUGGCUGCAGCGGAAGUGGAGUUCGAAGAAGUUUUCCUGAAGUCCCGGGAGCAGUACGAGAAACUCCUCAGUGAUGGAGAUCUCAUGUUUCAGCAGGUUCCCCUGGUGGAAAUAGACGGCAUGAAGCUCAUUCAGACCAAGGCCAUCCUGAAAUACAUCGCAGAGAAGUACAAUCUCCACGGCAAAGAUCUCAAAGACAAAGUCAUGAUCAACAUGUACUCGGAGGGACUCUUGGAUCUCAUGGAAAUGAUGAUGAUACUGCCGCUUACCUCGGAUAAAAAACCAAAACUGGACAAUAUUGAAACCAAAGCAAAGCAGCGCUAUAUGCCUGUGUUUGAAAAGGCUCUGUCUGGACCUGUGUACCUGGUGGGAGGCAAACUGAGCUGUGCAGAUGUGCAGCUGCUUGAAUGCACCCUGAUGCUGGAGGAGUUGUUUCCUGGCAUCCUCUCAGACUUUCCCAACGUCAAGUCUUUCCAGGGCAGGAUGUCCCGGGUCCCCGCCCUCAGCAAGUUUCUGCAGCCGGGCAGCAAGAGGAAGCCGCAGCCAGAUGACGUCUACGUGAAGACGAUCAUGGAGGUGUUGAGACUCAAGUUUUAAUUUCAAUCGGCUACUGUUGAACAUCAGAAACACUCAUCAAACAUCUAAUGAAUAGUUAUAUUUACUGGUUUAUGUUGAGAUGAAUACUGCACUGGGGCAAUAGCACUAAUCCACACGUUACCACAUGAAAUAAUGUAGUUUGUUUUUCUUCUAACAAUCGGUGAAUGUAAAUGAAGUGAAGAUGCCACUAAAUAAAAAGUCUACUUCUGGAGAACAUUU